GUAUCAUGAAAAAGUUAAUACUUGUACUUGGUGGUUCUACUUUUAUGGGAAAAGAAUUAAUACAAGAUCUUUCUUAAAAUGAGUCUUAUGAAGUUCAUUAUAUAAAUAGAGGGAAAAAUUAUUGGAAUAAUGCAGUAAAUUAAAUAAAGAAUGUUUAUUAUACAUAUGGUAAUCGAGAAGACACAAAUGAUUUUACUACUUUACUUAGAUAUCUCUCAAAAAAAUUGAAUGUCGGAAUUAAUGGAAGGAAUUGGGAAGCUGUUAUUGAUUUUUCUGCUUUUUAUAGUAAUUAAGUGAAAUCUGUUUAUGCUGCUUUAAGAGGGUUGUGUAAUUUAUACAUAUUUAUAUCAACUGAUUCAAUCUAUGAUGUUUGCAAGAUAAAAUAAAUUCCAAUAACAGAAGAUUAGGAUUAAAGAAAAGAAUUAACAGAAUCAUAAAAGAAAGGAGAGAGUUAUGGCCAUGUAAUAAUUAAUUUCAAUAUUUAGAAUAAAUUGAAAUGCGAAGAGUUUCUACAAAAUUAUGUAAUUGAAGGUUCAUUUCGAUAUGUUAUUUUGAGACUUCCAGAUGUUAUUGGACCUUAUGAUGAUUCUGGAAGAUUUUUUGCUUUGAUAAAAUGGAUUCAAUAAAAUGAUAAGCAUCCAAUUUAAGUGGUAGAUUUAAAUAUUAAUUAGUUAGGAUUAAGCUGUGCAAUCAGAAUAAAUUAGUCUGGUAUAUAGCACAGAUGUUGUGAAUUGCAUCAAAUAUUUUAUUUAAAAUAUUCCAUUAUAAAAUUAAAUUUAUAAUGUUUGUUUUGAUGAGACAAUUUCAUAUAUCGAAUUAGCUUAGGUGAUUGUAAUACUUUUAUACUAAUUUUAGCUUGAUAAAAUAUCCCAAAAAUAAUUAAAUAUUAAACAUGUAGUUGAAGCUAGUAAAUUCUAUCCUUCUGUUGAUUGUGGUGUUAUUAAUAAUUAAAAAAUCAAAGAAUUGGGUAUUCAAUUCACACCUUUGAUGACAGCUUUGGAAAAGACAAUUGAUUUUUUUUUAAAAGAAGCUUUAAAUUACGAAGCAGAAAACAAGGCUGCUCUAGAAAAACUUAAUAGAAAAUUAACUGCAUGAA